AUUCACGGAUCGAAUUUCAUUACCUUUCCUGUUUUCCCCAUGCAAUUGUAUUGAGGAUCCUGUAUUGAAUACUUUCUAGCUUACCGUUCCAAAGUACUGAAACAAUUAGCAGGGUCAUCAGAUACGUUCAUCGUAACAGGCCAUACGCACGCCAAACGGAACAUAGGAGCAUAGCAGCCGGACCGGACCUUCCUGGACAGUUUUUUCCCUGCAACCUGGCCCUCACUAGAGUGGUCGCAAGCCGAAACCAUGCCCACCCCCAACCCCCUCCCUCCCCCCGGCUACUGGCUGCAAUCUCUCCCCGCCCACCCGGUCCUCCACCAAUACCCUCCCUCCCCUUCCGAAUUCUCCAGCCCAGAUAUCUCCCUCAUCCCGCCCGGCGACGACGACGCGAGCAGCCUGCUGGAUGUGUCGAGUAUCAGCUUGCGCGACCCGCCGCCCGCGCAUCGUGCUGAACUGGCGAGGGCGAGACCGCCGUUGAGGUUGUUGGCUGUGCAUGAUGCGAUUGCGUUUGUGUGCUUGAAUUGUGUGCCGCCGAGAUUGAGGGUGAUGAAUUUGAGGAAGUGGAAGGGCGCUUUCGAUGAGGUGGAGGAUGAUUUGGAGGCGGCGGUGGAGAUGGCAGAGUUUAAGGAACUCAGCCUACCCGACAUCAACUUCCGCGUAAAACACAUCGAACUCAACUCCAGCGGCCGUUGCCUUGCGCUCGUCGGGGAAUACAGCGUAGCAAUUGUCGCUGUUCCGCGGAUGAUGUGGACCGAGGCGAAGCGUGAGGCGCUGGAGCCUGCGUACUGGCUGCUUGAGGAUGUGCACAGCUUGGCCAUUGCGAAAGUCCUGUGGCACCCUCUGAGCGAGAAGCAUGUCCAUUUGGUCGUGCUUUAUGUGGACGGGACGCUGGGGAUUCACAAUGUGAGCGCAGGGGCUUCAACCCUGGAGCAUUCGUACCAUUUGUUCGGGACUGAACAUAACCUCCUGCCGUCGCGAGCCAACCAAGCCGGCUUGUUUGGCUCAGACCUGGACGAGGAGACAUUCGUGUCCUUCUCAUUCGGGCGAAACGACGGGAAGUGGGGCUCAAUGACAGUCUAUACCUUGACGAAAAGCGGGGACGUCUACUCGAUAUGCCCGAUCAUCCCAAAUUCGAGUUUGCUAGUUCCCGAACGGUUAGCGGAGCUUAGAGCCGAUGACAGCGCACUGCAAGAGGAGCAAGCCCUGCUAGGCCAGUACUCACAAACCCAAGCCUACUGGCGGGGCAGCCUCAUCGACGAGCUGAUUUCCGACGUCAAACAAAAAGCCGAGCUGCGCGCGCUGUCAGGGGAACCCACCGCCGUGAAACUUCCCAGAACGGCAACGCAGAUGACUCCCAAGGCUCGCGGUCCGUUCCUCUUCCGACCUGCAUCCAACGUCAGCACGGAUUUCAAGGCCGCCAAUGAUAUCGUGUGCCUGCAGAAGGGACCGCUUGAUGUACUGGUGCUGGCGUUUGAGUCCGGGAUGCUGAAAGUGUGCCUGGAUGUGGAUGGGUCACAGCCUCUGUGGCAUAUAGCUGCCCCGCCAACGGAGGAAGAAGCAGCGUUACCAGUCUGCAUGUCUCUGGAAGACAUCGACCUGGGCCUGCCCGCCACCCCACGUCAAUCGGACGCUGAUCAUUUCUCAGGCCUCGCUACAGACCCGCGGUACCCAGAGAUUGUGUACUCAUACCACGCGUCAGGGGUGCACGCCAUCAACGUCGACCCAUUGAUUGACGGCCUGCAACAACUUGCGACUGGAAGCGCGAAUGAAGCGGUACGCGCGCGGUUGAAGGAUGAGCUGGGCGCACCGAGACAGAGCGAGAUCAAUUUGGUGGUUAGCACGAGGGGGCGGAUUGCAGGAGACGCACCCGUCGCCGGCUUUUCUAUCAUCACCUCAACCUUUCUCGGCUACAGCUACAUCCUCCUCACCUCCACCCCCCGUCUCUACGGCGACGUGCUCCCGCCCCGCAUCAAAGCCGCCCCGUCAACAUUCAAAGAAAAGAAAGCGGGGGGUUACAAGCCCGCCAUCGAGCAGCGGUUGUUCCAGGAACCGGAUAUCAUGCGCCAGCCGCCGCCGGCGUUGGAGGCGAAGCCCGGGUUGAAGGGGAAUGUCCCGCUGUCGUCGUGUGCGCAUGUACCGACGCUGUGGGCGUUCUUUGAACAUAUUAAGGCGAGGAAGGAAGAUUUGUUAGCGAGGCAUUAUGCGGUGCUGGAUCUUGAGAAACGAAUAAAACACCAACAAGUCGAAGUCCGCCAACAAGCCGGCCUUCUCAACCUCUGGACCUCCACACUCGGCUCCCGCACCGCGACCGUCAUCGCCGAGACCGAAACCAAGCUCGCGCGCCUGCAAGCCAAAGACUACUUCUACCGCAAGAAACUCGGGCUGAUCUUGCAGAUACUGAUGGACGAAACGCAGCCGCUGACGGAGGCGGAAAGGAGAUGGAUUGAGGAGUUGGAGGCGUUGAGGGGGCGGUUUGAGGAGGGGUUUAGGCCUUUGAGUGAGAAGUUAACGAAACAAGUUAAAGCCCUCCAAGACCAACAACGUAAACUCCCCCACACCCCGUCAAAAAAGUCUCAACCCGCGUCUACCCCCAUCACCGCAACCGAGCUCGGCGACUCCCAACGCCGUCGCAUAGAAGCCGCGCUAAAACAAGAAUACAACCUCCUCGUCCUAGCAACCCAAAAAGCGGCGCGGGUAAAGGAGAUGGUCCGGCUUGCUGAGGAGGAAGUCAAGUAUAUUGCGAGGACGCAGGCGAAAUCGGGGAGGGGGGGAUCAGCAGCUACUUAGGCAUGCGGAGGAUGCGGCGGCGACGUGAUGUGCGUCUGGGCAGUGAGGAUAUCAUACCCCGUAGGCAGGCGGUGCUGCACCUACAUACACGUUGCGCGCGUGCCGCUUAGUCGGAUCCCUUUCACCAUGCGGUGCCCGCGAACUUCCUCGUCGCCUUGAAUAGAAUAGGGCCACUAUCAAUCUCACCAGUUCG